GCUGCUUCCGCCCAGAGGAGUAGGAAGCAACUGGAGACAUGUGCUUUGUCCUGUUGGAGGGGAAACCCGCUCUCGCCUCCUGGUGGUCUCCUACUCGCGGCCCGCAGGAUGACUCAGGGCAGCCCUGGCCACAGUUCCGCCGCCACCGGCCCUAGCCUGCGGAGUUGGGCCCGCCCCGGGACGAUAACAGAGCUCUGCCGGUUUCAACAGAAAAUGAGAAAUAUCCCCCGACGAUUGGCUGGAAACAUGCAGCAACCACUAUUUUCCUGCUCCUCGUUGAUGAGAGCAUUGAAAGUGACGUCAGCGGGGGAUCCAGAUCAAUUAUGCAGCUACAGCCAAAACCAAGUUCUUUUUAUUGCAAUGAGAGGAGCUCCAUGUAAGUCAUUGGAAGGUCACAUGUUCAGAGACUGUCAGCUGUGGAGGGUUAUGUAACAGUGGUUAUGCAAUGCCACGUUAGAACUGUAGCCCCAGCAGCAAAACAUUUAGAUUAUUUUAGUGAAUUAAAAUAAGACUUCCACUUUCUUUGAAUGACAAAUCCCUUUUAACAAAACCAAGACUUGGGUUUUAGUGUCGACUCCCACGCUAGGCUCUGUAAGCCACAUUUCACCCUGUGUGCUUGACUGGCCCCAUUGAGUAGAUUUCUGAAAGUCAAAUGUCAGACAUGAGCCUGUUUGAAAACUUUGCUCAGUUGUCAUCUUCUAUCAGGAUGAGUUAUGGGCGAGGACCCCCAUAAAUCCUAAGGCACAUCCUGAAGCCCCUAAAAUCCAAAGGCAUGGUCGAGCCCACACCUGUAAUCCCAGCACUUUGGGAGGCCAAGGCAGGUGGAUCACUUUGAGGUCAGGAGUUCGAGACAAGCCUGACCAACAUGGUGAAACCUCAUCUCUACUAAAAAUACAAAAAUUAGCCAGGCAUGGUGGCGCAUGCCUGUAAUCCCAGAUACUCUGGAGGCUGAGGCAGGAGAAUCACUUGAACCCAGGAGGUGGAGGUUGCGGUGAGCCGAGAUCACCCCACUGCACUCCAGCCUGGGUGACAGAGUGAGACUCUCAAACAAUAACAAAAAAAUCCUAAGGCGCAUGAGUCUUCUUCAUUAAUGUACUGUCUUUGUUCUUUUGUUCCAAGAUACUUAACCCCUUUGAAAGUUAACGGGGAAGAUCAAAAGGAGGUAUUAACAGAUCAAAAUGAAAUAAAGGCUUCACGCAUU